AAAGAAGGGAGGAGGAGGGAGAGUGGGAGGGGAGUGUGGAAGACUAAGGGAACGCGGCAGAGGCUGGGAGAGGCAGCACGGCGGACGGCGAGGGAAGCCAGAACUGUCAGGGGAAGGACAGGGCGGCUUCAGGCACCUACAGCCGCAGCGCGGGGCAGCCGCCCCAGCCCGUCCUCCCGCCGGCACCAUGGUGGACAGGGGCCCCUUACUGACCUCGGCCAUCAUCUUCUACCUGUCCAUCGGGGCGGCGAUCUUCGAGGUGCUGGAAGAGCCGCACUGGCGCUCGGCUACCGACGACUACAAGCGGCAGAAGACGGAGCUGCUUAAGCAGUUCCCUUGCCUGGGCCAGGAGGGGCUGGACAAGAUCCUGCAGGUUGUGUCAAAUGCUGCUGGACAGGGAGUUGCCAUCACUGGGAACAACACUUUUAACAACUGGAAUUGGCCUAAUGCUGUUAUCUUUGCUGCUACUGUGAUCACUACAAUUGGUUACGGAAAUGUUUCUCCAAAGACACCCUCUGGGCGUCUCUUCUGCAUAUUUUAUGGGCUUUUUGGAGUUCCUCUCUGCUUGACAUGGAUCAGUGCUUUGGGGAAGUUCUUUGGAGGACGUGCCAAGAGGCUGGGCCAGUUUCUGACAAAAAGAGGAGUAAGCCUGAGGAAAGCUCAAAUUACAUGCACAGCUAUUUUCAUUGUUUGGGGUGUCUUGGUCCAUCUGGUUAUUCCUCCCUUUGUCUUUAUGGUAACUGAAGGAUGGGAUUACAUUGAAGGCCUCUAUUUCUCAUUCAUCACCAUCACCACCAUAGGAUUUGGAGAUUUUGUUGCUGGUGUAAAUCCAGAUGCAAACUAUCACGCCCUUUACAGAUAUUUUGUGGAGUUAUGGAUCUAUCUGGGACUAGCUUGGCUUUCACUAUUUGUUAACUGGAAGGUCAGUAUGUUUGUGGAAGUCCAUAAAGCAAUCAAGAAACGGAGGAAAAAAAGGAAAGAGUCAUUUGACAGCCAUCCUCGGUCUAAAAAACCCCUUCAAAUGGGUACCUCAAAGGAUGUCAACAUUUUCAGCUUCCUUUCAAAGAAGGAAGAGACCUACAAUGAUCUUAUUAAACAAAUUGGGAAGAAAGCCCUGAAAACAAGCAAUGACAAAAUUAUUAAAGUAGAAAAUUCCAAACAAAAUAUGCAGAAUGCCAGUAUAGAUGCCCAGGUGACUUACACAAAGACAGAGUCAUUUGAGUAUGAUGAGGCUUCCCUGGACAUUCAAAAUGGUCAUGUACUGAGACCCAUGCAUGAUAAACGUAUUGGAGACAGUCCUCUAGAAGGAACCAUGUUUGUAAACCAGCUGGACAGGAUUAGUGAAGAAGAAGGUGAAGUAUGGGAUUCCAGAGACUAUCGACCCUUAAUAUUUGAAAAUGCCAAUAUAACAUUUGUAAAUGAAGACGAUGAUGAAGAGGACGAUAUCUCUGAUGAUGAGGAAACCUCAAAAUCCUCCAUGGAUGAUAAUCUUGCAGAGGAAUCUGAAACUGCAAAAAAACUGGUAAAAUUCCCAUCCUCUGAUGAAUCUACCUUUACCAAUAAUGAGCUAGAACUUUCUGUGCCUUACGAACAACUGAUGAAUGAAUAUAAUACAGUAAGCAACGUGAAGGCUGCAACGUGAAGCAUUUUUGACAAUGGUUUUCUGAAAGUGGUCAGUGCUUAUUGAAAAAAAUUAAUGGAACAAGGAGAAAAGCAUGUUUUUGCAGCUUCUCCUGUCUCUUUGGAAACAAAUGCAAGUUCCAAACUAAUAAGCUCCAGUGUCCUUUUCCCAUCCUAAGUUGAUUUCUGAGCCAGUCAGCUUUGCUUAUCUGAAAAACUUGUAAAAUAACAGUUGAAUUUGGAGUUCUGCUUCUUCUUGGGAUUUUAUGGUUCUUGAACAAGGUAGAAAAGAAAAGACUAGUUAAUACACUGGACCUGCUCUACGUUUAUGCAUUUCAUUGAGGAAGUAGUUUGGGAGUGUAACUGUACUGUUGCAAGGAGACUGUUCCAGGCAUCAAAUGUGUUCGGUUACUCCAUUAGCCUUUCAACUCUGAAAACCUAGAUUUGAAUCCUGCUUUGAUCACAAAUGAAAACUAGGUGUUUGCUUUCCCCCCCAACCCUCCCAAGUUUCCCACUGUUAAGUUGUUACCACAAAUAAAAUGGUGCAACCACUAGUUGUACUUAAUGAGAAACUUCAGAUGAAAUACCAGGACACAGAUCUGAGCUGAGGUAUGCUGGCAGACUGAGAAGAAAGCUUCUGAAACAUCUGUCUAGAAUAUGUCAGUGUUUGUCAAAUUAUAGUGAACUGUAAUUUCAUAAAUAAAAUAUUAAAAUUAAAAAUUCCAAAGGAGUGGAUUGAGAAGGAGCCUUCUAACACAGAAGAAUCACCUGGGAUGAAGCUCACCAAUUGGGCUGCUAAACAGCGUAUCAGCCCUAGAACAGUUAACAAGUAAAGUGACUGGAAGACCUAUUGAUCAAAGCAUGUAUGAGCAUAUGCAGGAUGCAAUGAACUUUUUUAAUGUGUAAGUGUCCUUCCACUGUCCAUUUCCUAGAGGAAAUACUUGAAUGAACCUUAUAUAUUAUCUAUGUACAGGUGAAGUUGUAUUGACCCUGUUUUGAGGACAAAAUCACAUUGGGAGGCACAGAUAUCUCCAAAUGCCCUAAUGCCUAUCAGAAGGGACCUGUAGCGCUGCUGCUGAUCUGUGCAGUGCGAUAGUCAGUAUUCUUUUGUGUUUCCUCCCUUCCUCCCUGCCUUGGUACUUCACACUAGACUUGAAUGACAGAUGAUUUUUUUUGAAACAGUUGAUUACACUUUGCUUAUUUGCUUUGUUUCAAAGUUGCAUAUACAAUGGUUAUUCUAUUCCACUUUCAAGAAGGUUGGGCAAUGCCAAAUCUUUGAAAAACUGAGAGGUGAUCUAGUGACUUAAGGCCAUAAGGCAGUUUUUGAAAGGAACUUUGACUCUAAGCUCCUGAAAGUAUUAUUUUUUGGCUUGGAGAUGGGCUUUGAGAAGGAAGUAUGUCUCUUUAUAACACUUCUGCCCAAAUUGUUUUGGCUAGAAAGAAAAUUAUACCAUGGCUUUAUUUUUGUUUUUCCAUAUCUAUGUAUUGACCCCGACAACUCUUUCAAAUGAGGCUCUUGAUUACAUGUUGGCAAAAGGUACUGUACUGACUUCAGUUGUAUCCAGUAUACUUGGAACAGAAAAUAGCCAAGACCUUUGAACCUUAAUAUGUUAAGUUCUGUUGUUCUGUUUUACAGUAUUUAAGUCAUUCUAGUAUGUCCAAAAGUUUCUGAAGUUCAGCGAACAGUUAAAAGUUCUCAUUCUCAUUUUCAGAAUGCUGGCAGACUCGCUAGCUUUGUAAGAAGAGCUUAUGGAAUCUUGCAAUGCUAAUCUUGAAUUACUAGCUAUUUCUAAUAACUGCAAAUAUUGGCUGCAGCUUCAGUUGCUAGCCUCCUCAAAAGAAGGGGGAGAAGGACAUAUGGGAAACUGACACUCUGGUUGGACAGCCUGUUGAUGGGGAAGAUUUGAAGUCAUUUACUGUGAAACAAGGGACUGUCUUUACCAGUCAUCUUUUCAGAAUUUUUCAUGUAUAUAAUAUUUUUUCUUUCAAACAGAAGUUGAACACUAGGCCACCUCUGUUAUAAUGGCAAAAAUGUGGAGUCAACGUCAUUGGAUUUGGUACUUAAUCUGUAUUUUAUGAUAAUAUCACUGAACAAAGAUUAUAAUUUGAAAUUAAAUUUUAUUAUAUUACUGCUAUUUGAAGCAGGGGUGGCUGGAUGAAUUUGGUUUGUAUCUGACAGGAAAGAGGGAGAGGCCACACUGAGAAGAUUCUGUUUUAUUUCUAAAAGACACCCACACCCCUAUCAUUUAAAAAUUACUCCCAAGCCCUUCAAGUGUUUCUGUAUAACUGAAGGAUUGUGGUUAACAGCUUGUAACUGUAAGAAAUGGUAGGUAAGACUACAUGCAUUAUACACAUGAUACUUGUGUAGCAAGUCCAGCCCUCUCUUUUUUUUUUUUUUAAAAAGUAUACAUUAACUUCAGAGAAAAUGAGAAA